AUGGAUUCAUCUACACCACCGCCAACUUCAUUACUUCCAAUCAUCUCCGAUCAUCCAAUCCAGUCACCGUCGCCAUCGCCAUUGCCAUCGCCGUCGCCGUCACCCUCACCUUCUCCUCUCAGAAGAAGAUCCAAAACCUGCCUCGCUGACCGCCUCGAAAUUGCCGCCGACGACUCUCCUGAACCUGCCGGAGUACGGCGAAGGGGAAAAGCCAGAGUCGCUCAAAACAACGCUCGAAAAACAAGAAAACCGCGUGCUGGUGCUGAUGUUGAGAUUCGAGAAGAGAGUAAAGAUGGUGUUGUUGGUUUGGUUGAAGAAAUCGGAAAACCUAGAAAGAGGAAAUAUGGCGGUCGACCGAAGAAAGAGAAACCGAUCUUGGUUCAACCUUCAAAAACUGAAGAAGAAAAUUUGGUUGAUUUUGAUUGUAUUCGGGAGGUGGUUAGUGAUUUGGUUAUGUGGAAAGAUGUAUCAAAAUCAACCCUUUGGUUUGGACUUGGCUCUCUUUGUAUCUUAUCUUCAUGCUUUUCUCAAGGUUUCAAUUUUAGCAUUGUCUCGGCCCUUUCGCAAUUGGCAAUUUUCAUUUUGGGUGUUUCAUUUUUCUCAAAUUCCAUAUAUCAAAGUGAAACUGUUGAUGAGAAGUGUUAUGCCAAGCUUAAAGAAGACGAUCUUUUGCGUCUUGCAAAACUGACUCUUCCUGCUUUAAAUUUCAUGAUUUCAAAGGCUAGAGUACUAUUCUCGGGAGAACCAUCUAUGACUCUUAAAGUAAUUCCUUUCCUUCUACUAGGAGCUGAGUUUGGCCACUUAAUUACAAUCAAGAGGCUAUGUGCCAUUGGUUUUUUUGUCAGCUUCACUAUCCCAAAACUUUAUUCAUGCUACACUAGUGAGAUAAAUGAGAGAGCCGAGUAUUUGAAAUCAUCAUUAUCGGAAACCUGGUGUGCUUGCACUCACAAGAAGAAAGUGAUGGCGUCAACUCUCUUGACAUUCUGGAAUCUAUCUUCAACCAAAACUCGGAUCUUUACAGCUUUUACGCUGCUGGUACUAUUCAGAUACUUAAAGCAACAUGUGGUGCAGCAAUUACAAGAUGGGGAAGAACAAGUAGGUGAGAAGGAACAACAGAAGAAAGAAUCAGCGGUAGUGGAAACAGUAGAAAAGGAAACUCAACUAGCAUUAGUUAUACAUAACUCAGAUUCAAAAAAUAAGGACAAUUAA